UAUAAAUAGAGAGGAGGUGGUAGGUUGUCUGAUAACAAGGCAAGUUGUAUUAUUGUUUUGAGGAAACUGAUUGAUGAUGCCUGGAGGAAGUAGGGACCCUCUGGUUGUAGGGCGUGUGAUUGGGGAUGUGUUGGACCCCUUUCAAUGUUCCAUUCCCAUGAGGGUCAGCUACAAUAACAAAGAUGUCACCAAUGGAUGUGAAUUCAAACCUUCACAAGUUUUCAACCAACCGAGAAUAACUAUCGGUGGAGAUGAUCUCAGGAACUUCUAUACCUUGAUCGCAGUUGAUCCCGAUGCACCUAGUCCCAGUGACCCUAAUUUGAGAGAAUACCUCCAUUGGUUGGUGACUGAUAUUCCUGCAACAACGGGACCUAGUUUCGGUCAUGAGGUUGUAACAUAUGAGAGUCCACGACCCAUGAUGGGGAUUCAUCGUAUCGUGUUUGUGUUGUUUCGCCAAUUGGGUAGGGAGACUGUGUAUGCACCAGGAUGGCGCCAGAAUUUCAACACCAGAGAAUUUGCUGAACUUUACAACCUUGGAUUGCCCGUUGCGGCUGUCUAUUUCAACAUUCAGAGGGAAUCUGGUUCUGGUGGAAGGAGAUUAUAUUAACAAAACAGAAAACUUUAUAGUAUACAACAAAAUAAAGUACUAAUUAAACUUCCUUGAGGGUUUCGGAAAUAUUCGCAAUGAUCACCUAGUAAAUGAGUGCCUCUUUAACUUAAAAUCAACAUAGACCAAAUAAAUCAUUUCCUCGGUUGGAUAGCACCAAGAACUCUAUAUAUGUAUCCAUGAAUGGAACCGAAGUAUCCUUCU